AUGCCACGCGGAAUAAGUUGGAGUUUUAAUGAAACUGAAGCAUUAAUUCGUCUUUGGGCGGAUUCAACAACUCAAACAGCAUUACGUUUAAAUAGUCGAAAUCGUUGUAUUUAUGAAGAUAUUGCUAAUCAACUUCAAGCUAUUGGAAUAACUCGUACAGCUGAUCAAUGUCAAAUGCGUAUUAAAUUACUAAAAAAAAUGUAUCGACAAGCAAAUGAUGCUAUGAAACGUGGUGAUGUUUUUCAACAACGUCCAUGUCCAUUCUAUAGUGAAAUGCAUCGAAUUUUUUCCGGUACUGAAGAUUCUAAUGGUAAUUCAACAUUAUCAAAUUCUCAUUCAUUAUUAAACGAUGAUCAAGGAGACGACGAAGAAGAAGACGGCGGCGAAGAUUAUGAUGAAAUAAAAAAUCUUGAACAAGAAAAUGAGAAUAAAAUACAAGUAGAUGAUUCAACGGAAGAUAAAUUAACUCAAGCUAUUAAUCGAAUGAUUCAAUAUCAAAAACAAAAUGAAACACGUUGGUAUAAAUAUCUUGAACAACAAGCUAGUCUUGAAUUACAACGUCGACAAGAAGAUCGAGCAUAUCAACUUCAAUUAAUACAACUAUUAACAAAUAUUAUUUCAACAAAAACUAAUCCUUCAUCAUUACUUCAACAAUUACUUAUUAAUAAUAAUGAUUUUCAAACUGAUAAAUCAUCAACACAAGAAGAUGAUCAUCUAGAUCGAGGAGAAAAACGUAAAUGUUCACCAAUAUCAUCAACUGAAGAAAAAAAAUCUAAAUUUCGACAAACAUUACCAUCGAAUUUCUAUUCACUUCUUGCUCAAAUUCAUAAUAUCAAUAAUAUGGAUGAUAGUUAA